GACAUGAUGUCAUCCAACAGUCGUGAGGUUCUUCAUGGUUUUUUAUGAUCAUUUUCAGACAAUCUGAGGAGAAACGUUUCCGUCUUUCUUCCUGUCAGUCAUUCCUCUACCUACAGAGAUUCCUUCAGUUCUUUGGAUGCUGCUCUGGUUCUGGUUCUGGUUCUGAUCUCCCGUUUCAGAUCCUGAUUCUGGUUCAGAAAAAUCAAACCCGGUUUCUUCACUGAUGUUGGCUUUCUGGACAUUCUUCCAUCAGGAACGUUUGCGGGUUUUGGUUCUGAUCAGAGAGAGUGUGGUGAAAUCCUUGAAAAGUUCUGGUUUGUGGAGGACGGGCGGAUGUUGGUGCCGAGGAGGGAGGAGCAGGAGGAGGAGCAGCAGAGCUGAGAUUCUCAGCCUUCGUUCGGCUCAGAAGGAGGUUUUUCCUCCGAACAAUCUGACGGCAUGACAACAGCUUCCUGAGGCGCUCGCUCGCCCCCCGCUCAGUUUCCACGGUGACGACAUCCCCAUCCUCCUCCUCCUCCUCCUCCUCUGCUGUGCUCGUCCUCCAUCUCUGUGUCCAGCUGCUGUCGGCUUUCGCGCGAUCAGGAUGGGAGAUAAAGGAACCAGGGUCUUCAAGAAAGCCAGUCCCAAUGGAAAGCUCACUGUUUAUCUGGGGAAGAGAGACUUUGUGGACCAUGUGGACUUCGUAGAUCCUGUCGACGGUGUCAUUCUCAUCGACCCGGAGUACCUGAAGGAGAGGAAAGUCUUUGUCACCCUGACCUGUGCCUUCCGUUACGGUCGGGAGGACUUGGACGUCCUGGGUCUGACGUUUCGGAAAGACCUUUUUUUGGCAAACAUUCAAGCAUUUCCUCCACUUCCUGAGGAAAAGAAGAGUCUGACGCGUCUUCAGGAACGCCUGAUCAAAAAACUGGGAGAACAUGCGUACCCGUUUAUCUUUGAGAUUCCUCUGAACCUGCCGUGCUCCGUGACCCUGCAGCCGGGACCUGAGGACACCGGGAAGGCCUGCGGGGUGGACUUCGAGGUGAAGGCUUUCUGUGCAGAGAAUGCUGAGGAAAAGAUCCACAAGAGGAAUUCGGUGCGUCUGGUGAUCAGGAAGGUCCAGUACGCUCCGGAGAAACCCGGGCCUCAGCCCACGGCGGAGACCACGCGGCAGUUUUUGAUGUCAGACAAGCCGCUGCACUUGGAGGCCUCCCUGGAUAAGGAGAUUUACUAUCAUGGGGAACCCAUCAGUGUCAAUGUGCAUGUGACCAACAACACCAACAAGACGGUUAAGAGGAUGAAGAUCUCAGUGCGACAGCAUGCAGACAUCUGCCUGUUCAACACAGCGCAGUACAAAUGUCCAGUGGCCGUCGAAGAGUCAGAUGACGUGGUUGCUCCCAGCUCCACCUUCUGCAAAGUCUUCACGCUCACGCCGUUCCUGGCCAACAACCAGGAGAAGCGUGGCCUUGCAUUGGAUGGGAAGCUAAAGCACGAGGACACGAACCUGGCGUCCAGCACCCUUCUGAGAGACGGAGCCAACAAAGAGAUCCUGGGCAUCCUCGUGUCCUACAAGGUCAAAGUGAAGCUGGUGGUGUCGCGCGGCGGGAUCCUUGGAGAUCUGGCUGCCAGCGACGUAUCUGUGGAGCUGCCCUUCACCCUGAUGCACCCGAAGCCGUUAGAGGAGUCCAUCUACAAAGACGCUCCAGAUGAGGCUCCGAUCGACACAAACCUGAUCCAGUUUGACACAAACGAUGAUGACAUCAUCUUCGAGGACUUUGCGCGGCAGCGGCUAACCGAAGCGAAGGAUGACGAGGACGAGGAGCCGGUGGACUCGCCCAAACUAGAGGACAGAUAAAGACAAGGAGGGCCGGGCGCCGCAGCGGUUGCGGCGUGGAGCUACCGGAGUUUCAUCCACAGUCGGGACACCUGGUGUUGGCGCCGUGUUCGUGUGUUGUCCUUGUCCGUCCUCUUCCUGCGUCCUGCAGGGCUGUAAAAAGCUAGAACCCCGCGGCCCGGUUUCCUGGCGGAGGAAACGCCAGGCUGGAGCUGUGGCCACGGCGGGAAGCAUGCUUCAACUCUCUCUCUUCAUUAAGGACCCAAAGGCAGUCGGGUGUCGUUGACUUUAGCUUCAGGAGGUUUUUGAUGCUGCCAGAACCGGAUGAUCUGGAGUUCUGCAGGACCAGUUGACCCGUGGAGACGUGCAUGAAGUGUUCCUGUAGUUCCUUUGAUCUGUUGUAUCAUGAAUAUUCCGUGUUUGUAAAACGUUCUGCACACAGACCAGAGUUCAGGUUAAAGAGCUAAAAAUAUGAGGUGAUGCAGGACCGGUUCUGUUCUGAUCCGUUUGGUUCCUGAAGUUCUUUUGAAAACCCACUCAAAGUUUUUUUGACAUUCCAGUUUUUCACACCUUAAAGUGAUGAAAAUCUUGGAUUUUCUGUUUCUUAACCCCAAACUGUUUGUGAUUGGAGGUCAUGUGACCUUCAGACUCACUUGGGGGUAAGAUGGCGGCCCAACUUGCUGCCUUGGAAACAAACGGCGGUCCGUUUCUAUGAACAGGUUUUUCAAUUAGCUCUCAAAAACAAAACAAUAAAGUUGUGAAAAAACA